AUAAAAGGAAGUAUUGUUAAAAUUUCUUUAUCACACACCCGCUGCCAGCUCCCGCGCGCGCCCGGUUUCCUCUCAUCCCACACAAUGUCCGCACGAAUUUUGUUGGCGCUGGUUUGCGUAGCCGAGCUGUCGUCGCUCAUCUCCGCGGGGGGCCACGGCGGGGGUCACAAGAAGGUGAUCAUUCACGUGCCACUGUACGUGAAGCACCACCACCAUAAGCACACCAUCGUCAAGCACAUCCACCACAAGAGCGGCGGUGGAGGCGGCGACGAUCACUACGAGGUGCUAGGAUACACCUACGGGGAACCCAAGGCUGCACCGCAUGGUCAUGGAUGGGGCGCCGCUGACGAGGGGCACGACGGUGGGUACGGAGACUCUGUCGUGAACUUCGAAGACCACGGCGGCUACGGCGGCGAGUCCGAUGGCCAUGGAUACUGACACCACCAAGACAUUCAUCAUGCACUAAUUGGUGUUACCAAGAAUCCACUCCUACCACUCGCACCAGAACAUACCACAAUUAAUUCCCUCGUAUCAAGAUCUUGGGGUAAUCUAUUCCUAUAAAACCCAAACUUAUCAAACACAAAUCUUGAAAAACAAGAAACGAUCAUAAUUCCUGAUAGUAAUGCAUUACCACAUGAAUUAUUACAAGUACUGCGACUCCAAACGAUGCCCAUAAAUAUCAGGUCGAUCAUCAAUUUUAUGUUUCCUGUACAGGGUUAUAUUAAAAAUCAAUAAUUGAUAGAUACCCAUGUAAUUUGAAAGUUUUUCAAUAGAACGUACGGUAUAUUCUCAUUAAUUAAAUCUUAUCUUUUAAGAUAAAGUUUAUGGGAAUUCAUUUUGUGUAAUAUUUGAGAACUUGACGUAUUUUAUUGUAAAUAAUAUGGUACUUAUAGCUAAGUUGUUUUUGCCAGAAAAGUUACUACCUACCAACGCUGUGUAUAUGUGAAUAAGACUGUUGUUAUUAUUUUUGUCCCGAUUUGUUGGGGUGUUUGUUAAUAAUUUUAUAUUUGUUAGUAAGUUAAAUAGCUGUUGAAAUAAAUAUGUUUUAUAUACUAA